GACAUUUAUUUGAUUUACCAACUCCAAAUCCCGGAUUUCAUCUCCUCUCUCUCUCUCUCCAAUUUGACAUGGAUUGAUUAAUUAUAAACAGCCUUUACUUCUCCCUCUAAUCCAACAAACCCCACCAUCUCUGCCCUCUGUGUGCGUGUAUAGUAUAGGGUUUGGGCGAGAACCUUUAGGGAUGAGCGUACGGCAAUUGUGGGUUUUCGUUUUUCCAUGCUACAAUUGGAGAAGCCAUCUUGGUCGUUACUGAUCCCGAAAGCCUUCAAUUUCUACGUUACGUAAGAUUUAGGUUCCUGCCCGCUGACCUGUCGGAGCGAGUAGGAUUGUCGUUUCGGCGACAGUUGGGUCGUCGAUUCCGUUUAGCCUGCUCAGUGGCAAAUGUUGUUUUGUGGAUAUUGAAUGAUUGUUUCCAUGGAUUUAAAUGCCUCACCUGUACCUGAAGAAGAUGAAGACACUUUUGAACAGAACAUAGAAGAAUACCCUGCACCAGAAGAACGAAUAGAGUCUGCGGUUGAUAUAGCACGCCGGGAGCGUGAUGAACGACGUAAACGACUGAAAAGAGAAAGACCAGAUGACAGGCCAAUGCAUGUAUCUCAACCACCUGCACAUGAUCAAUUGUUUCAGACAAAAAAUCUCAAAUCUUAUGAGAAAAGUCGGCUUCCUCCUGGUUGGUUGGACUGCCCUGCAGCUGGUCAGGAAAUAUGCUUCAUGAUUCCUUCCAAGGUUCCACUCAGUGAAUAUUAUAAUGGCUAUGUUGCUCCUGGUAAAAGAUACUCAUUUAAGCAAGUGAUCCAUCAGCAGAGGGUUUUAGGAAGAAAACUUGGUUUAGUGAUCGAUUUGACGAAUACUUCUCGUUACUAUACUGCAUCAGAUUUAAAUAAAGAGGGUAUCAAGCAUGUUAAGAUUCAAUGCAAGGGGAGGGAUGCUGUACCUGAUAAUGCAUCUGUAAACACCUUCGUCUUUGAGGUUUCCCAAUUCCUCUUUCGUCAAAAGCACUCAAAGAAGUACAUCCUUGUCCAUUGUACACAUGGGCAUAAUCGGACAGGAUAUAUGAUAGUUCAUUAUAUCAUGCGAUCACAUCCAACCUCUGUUACUCAGGCAAUAAAAAUGUUUGCUGAAGCACGCCCUCCAGGAAUCUACAAACCAGACUAUAUUGAUGCAUUGUAUACAUUUUAUCAUGAAAAAAAGCCUGAGAUGGUUGUUUGCCCACCAACUCCAGAAUGGAAAAGAUCUUCUGAUCUUGACCUUAAUGGUGAAGCAGUGCCAGAUGAUGAUGAUGAUGGAGUUUCAGCUGCUCCUUUGAAUGAGAAUCAUGAAAUAGAUGUAAAGAUGACCAAUGAUGAUGUAUUAGGAGAUGAGAUACCUACGCACCAGCAAGAUGCAAUGCGGCAUUUCUGCUAUCAAACACUUAAGUUGGGUGUUGGGGCAAGAGGAAAUGCACAAUUUCCAGGGUCUCACCCAGUUUCUCUUAACAGAUGGAGUUUGAUGAAAUUUAGAUGCGGCAGUGUGGAACUUGAACUUUUAUCUGGCUAUUCAUUUGAAUCUUUACUUGGCCUUCUAAUGCAUGGUAGUUAUGUGAGAAGCUCUUAUUGCCUUAUAGAGGACAAUCUACAACUACUAAGGCAGCGUUAUUAUUACUCCACAUGGAAAGCUGAUGGAACACGUUAUAUGAUGCUAAUUACCAUAGAUGGAUGCUACUUGAUUGAUAGGAAUUUUAAUUUUCGACGGGUGCAAAUGAGGUUUCCUUGCAGAAACACAAAUGAUGGUUUAGCUGACAAGACUCAUCACUUUACAUUACUUGAUGGAGAGAUGAUAAUUGAUACCGUACCAGACUCACAGAAGAAAGAGAGAAGAUACCUUAUCUAUGAUAUGAUGGCAAUAAAUCAAGUGUCUGUCAUAGAGCUGCCUUUUUAUGAACGUUGGAAGAUGCUUGAGAAAGAAGUGAUUGAACCGCGGAAUUAUGAACGCCACAAUAUUUACCAGUGUAGGAAUCCUUAUUAUAGAUACGACCUUGAACCAUUCAGGGUGAGAAGGAAAGACUUUUGGUUGCUCUCUACUGUUACCAAGCUUUUAAAGGAAUUCAUUCCAAGGCUUUCACAUGAUGCAGAUGGUCUUAUUUUUCAGGGUUGGGAUGAUCCUUAUGUUCCUCGCACACAUGAAGGCCUCUUGAAGUGGAAAUACAGUCACAUGAAUUCAGUUGACUUUCUAUUUGAGAUUGAAGAUGAUAAUCGUCAACUACUUUUUCUGCAUGAGCGGGGGAAGAAGAAGCUGAUGGAAGGGAAAGGGAGUAGGGUUGCAUUCAAAGAUGGUACAGAACCCUCACUGUGUUCCGGAAAAAUUAUUGAGUGUUCGUGGGAUUUUGAAGAAGAAGAAUGGGUCUAUAUGCGGAUCAGAACAGAUAAAUCAACUCCAAAUGAUUUCAAUACUUACAAGAAGGUGAUGCGGAGCAUAAGGGACAAUAUCACUGAGGAAGUCUUGUUGAAUGAGAUCUAUGAGAUCAUUCGACUGCCCAUGUAUGCUGAUAGAAUACGGAAUGAUAGUAAAGCCCACCAGCAUUCAAAUUCAGCACGACGGAGGUGAUGGGUGGGAGGGUUUAGCCAUAGAUGUACACAAUACCUUGAGGUCUAUUAGUGAUAGGAGACACCAGAUACUCAAGAAUACCUCCUAUGUCUGCCUGCACAGGUCAUUGCAAGUUCUGUAUAUACCGGAGUUUGGUAUGUACUUGGCAUUGUUGGAUGGAUCACUGAGAUAUUGUGUAAUUAGCUAUCCUUCGCUGUAAUCUUGUAGCAUUGCAUCGUAUGAUCCUGUUGGUACACUUGGUAGUCCUCAAAAUCAAGUCUGAAAUGAUUCCUUCCAGGUAGUUGUCCAAUUCAGGAGACUUAGGAUUAGGGUCACCAUGUAUAUUAAUAUUUCUUCUUUUUUGUUUAAAUGAUUCGUUAAUUGUAGCCAUUUUCUAAGUUCUCUAGAAGGUAGCCAUUUUUCAGAACAAGGGCUUUUCAUUUUUGGGGAGGGGGAAAUCGAUAGGUGUGAAUAUCACUUUGGGCAGCUGUACUAUGAUGAGUGUCUUUUGUCGCCUCUGUUUUCAUCUUGGUCUGCCCCCCUUCCCUCUCAGUCUCUAAUUUACAUGGCUUUCUAAGCUGUCUUAUCUUUUAACACCCUUUUCUCGAA